GGGUCGGUUGGCUCACACGACUGUAGCGCUCGCCCCCGCGCCUCAGCUCCCUCUCCCCAGGCGCAAGCGCCGCCUGCUCGGGUGGGCGCCGUAGCCCGUAGGUGAGCCACGCAAAGCUCGGCGCCCUGCACCGCCGUUGCACACUUGACACUACUAGUCGUCGCAGCUUCAAAUAGCACCGCACCUGGCAGCGCCCAGCAGGCCACCGUACCACCAGGCCAGCAGCAGAACUGCAGAAGAGCAGGAAGCCCCAGAAAGUAGCUAGCUAGCAAUGGCGGCGCCAGCAGGCAUGUCCCUCCUCGCCGCGUGCCUCGUCGUGGUGGCGCUCGGCGCCGGCGUGGCGGAGGCGCAGAGCGGCGCCGGCGCGGGGCAGUGCGUGCCGCAGCUGAACCGGCUCCUGGCGUGCCGCGCGUACCUGGUGCCGGGGGCGCCGGACCCCAGCGCCGACUGCUGCGGCGCGCUGAGCGCCGUGUCGCACGAGUGCGCCUGCAGCACCAUGGGCAUCAUCAGCAGCCUGCCCGGACGAUGCAGCAUCGCCCCUGUCAACUGCUCUGCCUGAUGAGGCAAUGGAGCUUGCUAACCACGGAUGCUGCAAGGCAAUUAGAAAGAGAAAAUAAAGACGUGUUCCUCCGCGCGAGUGGGAUCGAGCCUCACCGUCACCGGCCUUGCUUCGGCCUGACCGCCGGCGUCGCCGCCUGACACGUCCAACGUCGUUGUCGACUUGUCGUUUUCGUUUCAUGUUCAGAAGACUGCCUUGCCAUCUCUCUGUUUCAGAAGAAAAUAAGUGAAACCAUGCAAGUUCAGAUGUCUGAUUGUUAUUGAGACAGGUUUGGCAUAUGCAGCUUUCCUUUGAUUUCUGCUUC